AUAGUAUUAGCUCCGCUUCAUUUUCUCAACUCAGAAUCCUUAGAGAUCAUAUAUUCAGAGAAGUAGCCAGCUUGAGCUUUCUACUAGAGAGAUAUCAAAUGAGGAAUCAGGCAUAUCAACAACAACCAACUUUGUAUGCAAUUUUUUUCAUCUUCUUAGAGAGGGGUUAGUUAAUUUAUCAUAUGUUAUGUGCACAGGAACGAAGAGUAAGUAGGAGGUUGGAGGCCAAGAUGGAGGAGCUGCCGUCAGAAAUGGACGCCCUAAACGAGGAACAAUCAAGAUUAAGACAAGGACAAAGAGAAAUGAAACAACAUUUUGAAAAGAUCAAAGCGGAGUGUGCACAGCUGAGACAGGAGACCAGCCUCCUUCUCUAGCGAAAUCUAGGCUCCCAGCCUCGCCUUGUUGCGAAUAAACGUGGUUCUAUCUAACGAACAUCUUGCAGAUUAAUUAGAGAGGACAUGGGUUUUGCCUUUGCCAUAUGUUGCUGUGUUAAAUUAAUUAUCAAUAUGAAUGUCACCUUCUAUUACAUUUCUACCACUGGUUGUAUAUAUUGAGGUCUGCUUUCUAUGGAUAAACAAAAAAUCAUGCGUUUC